GGGGCGCCCGCGGCGGCGCUGCGCGGGGAGGCGGCCGGGCCGGGGCGGCGAGCGGGCGGGAAGAUGGCGAACGUGCAGCUGGAGUUCCAGGCCAGCGCCGGGGAGGCGGAUCCGCAGAGCCGCCCGCUGCUCGUGCUGGGCCAGCUGCACAACCUGCAUCGCCUGCCCUGGGCCCAGCUGCGGGGCAAGCUGCAGCCACGAGUCAGCGAGGAGAUAUGGCAGGCUGCAUUAAGCACUCUGAAUCCAAAUCCUACCGACAACUGUCCCCUCUACCUGAACUAUGCCACCGUAGCUGCUUUACCUUCCAGAGUUAGCAGACACAAUAGCCCUUCUGCGGCUCACUUCAUCACCCGCCUUGUUCGAAACUGUCUUCCAGGAGGCAUCAACAGAUGUAUUGUUAUGGUCUGUGAGCGCUCUGAAGUCUUUGCCUCGGCUUGUGCGCUAGCCAGGGCUUUCCCACUGUUUACGCACCGGUCCAGUGCCUCUAGGCGCACAGAGAAGAAAACUGUAACUGUGGAGUUUUUCCUGGUUGGACAGAACAAUGGGCCCAUAGAAGUGGCAACACUUAAAUGUUUGGCAAGUGCUACAGAAGGGGUAAGGCUGGCUGCUCGCAUUGUGGACACUCCAUGCAAUGAGAUGAACACUAACAGCUUCCUGGAGGAAAUCAAAAAAGUUGGCAAGGAUCUUGGGAUUGUUCCAACCAUUAUUCGUGAUGAGGAGCUGAAUGAGAAGGGAUUUGGAGGUAUCUAUGGAGUUGGCAAAGCAGCUGUGCAUCCACCUGCCCUAGCAGUACUCAGUCACACCCCGGAUGGUGCUACACAAACCAUUGCGUGGGUUGGGAAAGGGAUUGUGUAUGACACCGGAGGCCUCAGCAUUAAGGGAAAGACCACUAUGCCUGGCAUGAAACGUGACUGUGGCGGAGCGGCUGCUGUUUUGGGUGCCUUCAAAGCCACGGUAAAGCAAGGCUUUAAAGACAAUCUUCAUGCUGUUUUUUGCUUGGCUGAAAAUUCUGUUGGGCCUAAUUCAACAAGACCUGAUGACAUCCAUGUUCUUUACUCGGGAAAAACUGUGGAAAUCAACAAUACUGAUGCAGAGGGCAGGCUGGUGUUGGCUGAUGGAGUCGCAUAUGCGUGCAAGGAUCUCGGAGCUGAUAUCAUUCUUGACAUGGCCACUCUCACCGGAGCUCAGGGAAUUGCCACAGGGAAAUACCAUGCUGCUGUCCUCACCAACAAUGAAGACUGGGAGAAGGCCUGUGUUAUAGCUGGCAGGAACUGCGGAGACCUGGUCCAUCCUCUUGUGUAUUGUCCUGAGCUCCAUUUUAGUGAAUUUACCUCUGCUGUAGCUGAUAUGAAGAACUCUGUGGCAGACAGAGACAAUACUCCCAGCUCCUGUGCUGGGCUCUUUAUUGCGUCUCACAUUGGUUUCGAUUGGUCUGGUGUCUGGGUCCAUAUAGACAUUGCAGCACCUGUCCAUGCGGGCGAACGAGCUACUGGUUAUGGAGUGGCUUUGUUGCUGUCCCUGUUUGGCCGUGCAUCCGAAGAUCCUCUGCUGAACAUGGUGUCCCCUCUGGGAUGCAAUGGAGACUCUCCAGAUGAGGAGAUGGAGAGAGAUUCUAAAAGGCGACGCCUUGUUUAAUGUUCCCCAGCACUUACCGAUGGGGCGCCUGUAUUACCUCACCUUGCACCGAUCCGUUCUGCAGCAAAGAAAAUACCACAUUUGGGAAACUGCCAUUUUUUUUUUUAACUGUCAUGAUGAGAUCGAUUACUUAUUUCUGAUGAAAUGGCCUAUUCUUUUGUUUUUUAAACUAUGUGUGCACACAGUUGCUGAACAACCUUGACCUUGCAAUCUCUGAGCUCUGCUAGCUUUAGUGGAGGGAGGGAAAUGUCCUCCUUAAAGCACCUCUCAAAACUUGCUCAGUGCAUUAAUGCAUGAAUAAGCCACUGCAACUCUUGCUUACCAGGCCUUCUGAUUUCCUUUGUUACUUUCCAUGAGAUUUUAUUGAUUCUUACAGGCCCCACUGCUUCUCACAACAGAGUUAUUUGAGGAAGAAAAAACCACUGUAGGCUCGGCUUAUUCCAUGGCAAUUCAGCUUAGCAGCAAAGACGGUCUAAUGGGAAAAGGCUUUUUAUUUUAGUAAGGGGCAGAACCUGCAUAUUAAGCUUUUGCUGACCAUUACAAUCAACAAAAGAGUGGGCCAAAACGCAAUUCCAUGUCACUCUUACUCUUUCAGAUAACAGAACAUACUCACUUUGAAAGAAAAAAAGAAAUAGUGGGACUAUGAAUAAACUUGGUUUACAAAGCAAAGUGGCUGCUUGCUUCUGUCUGCUUCGCACAUGCAUGGUCUGAGUUUAUUAAAGCCAUUUGUGUAUCCCAACA